AUGUCAGGACAGUCCUCAUUAGCCCUCAAAGAGGAGGGUAACCGCCACUUCCAAAGGGGCGAUUACGUCGCUGCCGAGGCCUUGUACACCAAGGCAAUCCUCGCCGACCCCAUCAACCCCCUCCUCUACACCAACCGCGCCAUGGCGCGCCUCAAAAUGUCCCGCUGGGACUCGGUAAUCGAAGACUGCGAGGAAUGUCUCCGUCUUUCCUCCCUUGCCCCCUCCACAACCACCACCACCUCCUCCUCUACCUCCUCCUCUGGUGGCUGCCCUUACAUGGCGGGCAAAAAACCUCGCGCACCAGGCAGCAAGAACUUCAAAGCCCUCUACUAUCUCUCGCAAGCGCACCUGCCGCUCAAAAACUACGACCAAGCCGUUGACUACGCGCUGCAAGCGCACAAGAUCUGCGCCGAGACGCACGACAAGUCGCUGGCGGCCGUGACGAGCCAAGUGCUGAAGUGCAAGAAGGCGAGGUGGGAGCAUCGGGAGAAGCUGCGAAGGAGGGAGGAGCAAGAAUUAGAGGGGGAGGUGGUGGAGCUGCUGCGGAAAGAAAUGGAGGAGGCGCUAAAGACAAGUAGUAGUGCUGCAUCGAAUGAUGACGAAGAAGAAGAAGAAAGAAAAGAGACGGAGAAGAUGUACAGGGAAAAAAUCGAUAGGAUAAUAGCCGUGUUUGACCAGGUGAGGGAGAAGGACCAGAGGAGAAGGCCGAAUCCGCCGGAUUGGGCGAUUGAUGGUAUCAGCUUUCAGGUCAUGGUUGAUCCUGUUAUGACAAAAACAGGCAAAUCCUACGAACGCGCAUCCAUUGAGGAACACCUCCGAAGAAGCGAGACGGAUCCGCUCACGAGAACACCACUUACCAUCAAGGAUCUGGUGCCCAACAUUGACCUCAAGAACGCCUGUGAAGAGUUCUUGAAUGAAAACGGGUGGGCUGCUGACUGGUAG